AUGUCGACAGCAUCUCCCCUCCGUUACCAAGUGAUCCGUAUCUACAAAGAACUCCUAUACCUUGGUCGAGAGUAUCCGCUAGGUUACGACUACUUUCGACCACGUCUGCACAAGGCUUUCAUCGCGAAGGCUGGCAUGGAAGAUGAAGGUCAAAUUCGGAAGGGUAUCGAGCAAGCCGAGUACGUAAAGAAGGGUAGGUCUGAGCCGAAUGCGUUCCAUGAUGCUAUCGAAAACGGAAUGACUAACAGAAUGAUAGAGAUCGAAGCGUUGUUAGUAUCCCGUAUCAUGAGCCACCAAGGGUAUAUCCAUCGCUUGCCUAGCACUAACGCCGCCCUAGAUACUACCUCAAGCGGUACCGUACGCUCAAGCAACGCUAUGAGAAAACCUGAAUAUCGUGCGCCUCUCUCCGUUGCGGACGUCAUUCAGACGGUCGCUUAG